CUGAGUAACAUUUUGUCUUGGAAGUUCACUUUCUAUAUUUGGAUAUGGAAUGUUUUAUUCUAAAUUUAGGUCCGCGCGAUGGUUUUGUUAAGUCACGUGACGCUCAAAUAUAUAUGUCUGUCAACCAACAAUCAAUCAAUCAAUCACGAUAACUAUUGAUUUUAUUUUUCACAGGUCAUUGAUGUCGGAUCAUGUAUGCAUUUUUCGUACCCAUAUUUACGAGAGCACGGAUUUGUCUUUUAAUGCAUGUUUAGAAAUUUGACUGUAGGAUUUCAGUAAUAUUUACGAACUUGGGAGCGAUUUCUACGUCAUUUAUUUUAACUUUCUCAAUCCAGGUCAGGAAGUCAAGCGGACCUCACGUGUAUUUAUAGUGCUAACGGGAAUAUAUUUUCUUGAUUCAUUUUACAGUUAUCUGAGGACAAGACUUACGACAGUUUUACAUAUUGAAAUAGGCAAAUGGGAAAUGGAACCAGCUCUAAAUCAGUCCUGAGUUUAAUUCCACCUCCCUGGAUCCACACAAUUAGACCUAACAUACAACGCAAUAGAGAUGGUUUUGGAUCUAAAUCUCAAGGGUUUAGAAAUGUGACAAUAAAUACAAUCAUCAGACGACGAAAAGGAAACAAACAAACUGACGGUGCUAAAUGGAUAGAAGGGUACAACUCUGGAAAACAUGUCUUUGAAAUCGUGUUCCCUAGUAAAAUGAGAGGAAAACAUUCAUCUAUUGGCGUUGGAACGAAAGAUUCUGAGCUAGACCAUAAAAGCUCAACAUCUUUGGUUGGAAAAGCUGCCGUUUCAUGGGGCAUUGACCUUUCCACACAAAAAGUUUUUGUGAACGGCCGACUAACAAGGCGAUAUCCAAGAAAAUUGUUUUCCAAACUUCCAGAUGUUUUCUUUAUGUAUUUAGACAUGGAUAAAGGGAAGAUUAUGUUUGGGAGUGAAGAGGGAUAUUUUGGUCCUGCCAUUCAGGACGAAGAUAUGAGACGUUAUACAGUAUAUCCGAUGGUGAGCGCCACUGAGGAGGGCGCUGUAAUAACAAUGGCAUACAAAGGAAAAGGCAUCGUCUUGUCCUCGGCUGGAAUUCUUGGAAAAGAUGGACAUUACAGAGCGUGGAAAUCAAUUGCAUCUUUUUGAUCUGUGAAAAAUAUGAUGCUCAUCACAAGACUGACCAGUUGUGCUUUCGCAUUCAGUUUUGGUGCACAGGAAUUUAGGACCUGAUGCUAAAUAAGGUGUGAAAUACAACAACAAAAAAACGUUGGAUUCCAAAUUUCAUUAAGCUGAACGAUAUUAAUCAAAAUAGUUGUUGCAACUCUUUUUAAUGAGUCUGGUGGUAAUCUCUGUAUAACUUGUCAAUUAUUUGGUCAAGGGUUUCGCUACCACAAUUACAUAAAACUUUUACUAUAUUCUUUCAAAGAUGGAACGAUUUGGUUUGGAACUUUGGCUGAACCUGUAGAAUUCUGGUUAAAAAACGGGAUAUCACACCCUAAUGUUUACGGUGAUGUUGUUUAUAUUAAAAUUAUAUUUAAAUACGAUUUAUGUAAACUCAUUGAUCAUUUGAAUAAACUUAUUCCUAAAGGUAAUACAUUUUAA